AAAGGGCCUGAUUUCUGAACAUCCAUUGAUUCUUUACUCCUCUUUUUUAUACCUUCUUUUCUUCCUUUCUCUAAAUGACCUCUUUUAACGAAAAGAAGGCUGAAUACCAACAUUCAGUUAAUGAUGUUACUAGCGAACACGAAUUUGAGUAUGCCAAUGAAGGCAUAAUCGAUAUCAAUCGUGAGCAUGCUGGUACGAGCAAGAUGGCCUACUUCAACGUCGUUUGUGUUGUUGCUGGUACUGGUACUCUUGGUCUCCCCGUUGCCUUAAAACAAGGUGGUUGGUUAGGUGUUCUCAUCCUUUUCUUGUCUUGGGUUAUGUCUGUUUAUACUGGUAUCAUCUUGAUUCGUUGUCUCUAUGCUAAUGGCAAGACUCGUUUGACUACUUAUAAAGAAGUCGCUACAACUGCUUUCGGUACAAUUGGUGGCUGGAUCACCUUUUUCUUCAAUGCUUGGAUUCUUUUGGGUGCCCCUAUUCUUUACAUGGUCUUGUCUGGUUCUAACUUGAAUCAACUCUGCAAAGGCACCGCUGGUGAAAUCGGUGAUACUGCUUGGAUUAUUAUUUCUUGCGCUAUUGUUGCUGUUCCUUUUGUCUUGGUCAAAACCCUCAAAGAAGUUGCCUGGAUGUCUGCUUUCGGUGCUCUUGCUACUGUCGUUGUUGUCAUUAUUUGUUUGGCCAUGUCCAUUAUUGAUAAGCCUAAUCAAGUCAAUGUUCAUCAUGAUGCUGUCAUUUGGGAAAUGUUCCCUAUUGCUCUCAGUACCAUCUCUUUCAGUUUCGGUGGUAAUGUCGUUUACCCUCAUGUUGAAGCCUCUAUGAAAACUCCCCGUGACUGGCCCAAGGUCGUUGGUCUUGGUUUGAGUACUUGUGCUGCCAUGUAUUUCGUUACUGCCAUCAGUGGUUACUCUAUCUAUGGUGACACCGUCCUUUCUCCUAUUUAUAACAGUAUCCCUGCCGGUGCUGCUCAAACUGUUGCCAUUGUUGUCAUUACUCUUCACGUCUUGAUGGCUGCUCCUAUACUUACCACUUCCUUCUCUCUUGAUAUUGAAGAAAUGUUCAACAUUAGCGUCGAACGCUUUGGCAAAGUCAAGGAAUUCUUUAUUCGUGCUGCUAUUCGCAUUGCCACUAUGGCUGUUGUUGGUGUCGUUGCCUGUACAGUUCCUCACUUUGGUGCAUUGAUGUCUUUGAUUGGUGCUUUUGCCAACUGUAUUCUUAUCUUUGUCCUUCCCGUUGCCUGUUACCUUAAGCUUACUGGUUUCCGUAACAAGCCCAUUUAUGAACUUGCAUGGUGUACUUUGAUUGUUAUUCUUGGUAUUGUUGGUUUGAUUUUCGGUACCAUGGAAGCCAUCAAGGAACUCAUCUCCGCUUACGCUUAGAAUCCUUUUUUUUUCUUUUGUACA